GCGCGACGUGUCUCGUGGUGUCUCGGGGGGGACCGAGGCAGGAACGUUCCUGUCCGGGUCACAUUCUCUGGCACGCGUAAGAAGAAGAAAGGUGUUUUAAACAAGGGGGGGGAGUAUCUUGGAACUUGGAACUCUUUUAUUUAUCUCAUAUUUAUCUUGUCCAACUUCUGUGCGGGCGACGCGUCGUUAUUCGUGCCUGUACAAAUUCACCGCGUUCCGGUCGAUCACAGCAAUGGCAACCCCGAAAGUGUGGGCAAAAAUACAACCCCUUGAGAGUCCUAUCAAUCUACUAGAUAUCACGACGGAACAAUUGGCCGCGAGCAUGCAGGAGAGGGAGCUGAAGAAAUAUUUUGACGAGGACAACGCAAUUCAAGCGGACAAAACGGUGGGAGAAACGUAUGAUGCAAGUGACACUGGCGACGACGAGGUCAUAGCAAAUUUGUUACAAACUCAAUUUAAUCGCGAGUACAACACGAUGUUGAAGCGUACAGAAGAGAAGUUCAAUCGCGACUCGAAAGUGAGCAUCUCAUAUAGCAAUUACCGUAGCUCUUUGUACGAUCCUAAGGAUGAAGAUAACGUGGAUUCUAACGUGGACGACAGCAACAGAGACUUCGACCGUUUUGUCAGCAUAGAGAAAGAGUACGCCUCGAUACCACGCUGCGGCUACAAGAAGAUGGGAAAAGAUUCUCAGAUUGUUACGAAGCACGACAUCUUAAUGUCUUCCAGGAUUAAUGCUUGCCGACUGUUAAAAUGUCCACCGGGAAUCGACACGGGAGACACGGGUGGUUUUGAUGUCAAACUGAACAACAAAGUAUACAACACCUUGCGCGCUUACAGUCGCGCGCAAUGCUCCAAGGAGAGGGCAAAAGUCUCGCCAAAAUCAAAAACCCAUCCGAAAUAGAAUGUCUACCUGACUUGAUUUCUUCCUAAACAGUAUUCUGUACCUCGUUAACGCGCGAUACGUAUCUCUUGGUGUCUAAUUUUAUUGAAAUAUUGUGUUAUAUUGUAUAAUAAAUUAAUUGGUAUUUUAAAUUAUUUAAAAGAAAAUUAUUUUAUGUAAUAUAACGUUAGUUUCCUACUUUAAUAAUAAUGGACACCACUUAUCGAUGACUCAGAUACUGAUAAAUAUCGCUAACGGCGUACGGAAUAUCUGUACUCGUAAUCUCCUGCAACCGUCAUACUUAUGCCUACUUACUGUAAAUACGUCAGGGUACUUACAUGAUAUGACGAAAUGAUGAAUUUGUACAUAACUCAGUUUAAAUGUACAUUAUAUAAAAUUCCAAAAAAAUAAAUCUUGCAACUGGGAACAUUUGGUCAGAACUGAAA